AUGGGAGUACAAGUGCUCCUUUUAGCUCUGACCCUAUUCCCAGCCACAGCUGCAGCAAGCUUGGAACCUCACUAUGUGGUGGUGUUCCCUGCUGUCAUUCACCAUUCCCGAGAAGAGAAGCUCUGUGUCCACCUCAGGUCUUUACCUGAGGCUGUCCACCUGACUGUCACCUUGGAGAUGGAAGCCCAGAAUCACACACUAGUGGAACAGAAUGUGGAGAAGCCAGGCACUUUUGAGUGCAUCAGCUUCCAGGUGAGUGUAGCUGUGAUAGCUGGUUUGGCAGAGAAUGCUCUUGCCUUCACCUCAGACAGAAGCCCAGCACGUCUCCAGGAACACUAUCCUUCACUCCUGAUAAAUUUGUUUUCUAUUUCCUUAUCUGAACCAAUCCAGAUCCCAGAGUUCAUUCCCAAGAAAACGGACGAUUCCACUUCACAUACAGAGGAGGUGGGUUUUAUGCAUGCCCUGAUCCACAGCGGGGACAGUGUGCUUUUUGAAGGUCGCAAGAAAGUCCUGGUAAAGCCGAAGAAGGAUGUAAUUCUGGUAGAGACAGACAAGGCCUUCUACAAACCUGGAGAAACAGUCAAGUUUCGAAUUGUUAACCUUGAUGAUGACCUUAACGUCAUUAAAAAUAGUUACUCCCAGAUAUGGCUGGAGGAUCCUGAACAUAAUCGUAUUGCUGAGUGGCAGAAUGUGAAGUCAAAACACGGCAUCGUGGAUUUGUCCUUUCCCCUGGCCUCUGAAGCAGCCAUUGGGCAGUAUACCAUCUCAGUGAGAGGCAGGAUUGAAAAAAGGUUCAGAGUUGAAGAAUAUGAAUUGAUGAAAUUUGAAAUGAAGCUUGAACACCCUCCUUUCAUUACUACAGUGGAUGAGGAAUUUGAGGUGAAAGUCUGUGGCAAAUAUACAUAUGGAAAGCCCGUUCAGGGGAAUAUAAGUGUUUCUUUUAUUCUGAGUUCACAUUCUGAAGAUGAAACUUCAAAUUCUUCUGAGAAGAAGGAGCACAGUAGCUCGACGAACAAGAAUGGCUGUGCUACUUUUACAAUGAAGACACAGACUCUGGAAUUAACUGAACAUGACAGCUAUAUAUCUGUGAAAGGAGCGAUAGAGGAAGACGGAACAGGAAUAAUGACUAAUAAAACGGCUAAAAUUCCUAUUGUUACGAGAAUGAAGUCUGUAGAGUUUAUCGAUCUCCACCCGUUCUACAAACGUGGACUACCGUACACAGGGAAGUUAUAUUGCCACAGUGGUGACUCUCCUCUGAUAAAUGAAACAGUCUACCUGACAGUUGACAUCAAUGAUGAGGAGAUCCAGCUGUCAUUCCUUACAGAUGAAAAAGGGGAAGUCCACUUCUCACUGGAUACCACCAGCUGGAACAGCACUAUGGUUUCUUUGAAGGGUACCUACUUUAUUGCAAAUGAUACUGAGAAGAAUCAUUUCGACUCAAGCAAAAAAAUUGAGGAAAGCUUAUACUGGUUGAAACCUUUCUACUCUGAGAGCAACAGCUUUCUGGAGAUCCAGGACAGGAAUGACAUAUUUCUUUGUGAUCAAGAGCAGGAAGUCCAGGUGGAUUAUAUCCUUGACCACAAUAAACUCAGCUCUGAAGUAGAUGAUGUGGAUUUCUACUACUUGGUGAUAGCAAAAGGCAAGAUCCUUUUCAGUGGAGAGAAGCAGGUGCCAAUUCUCCAGCACGAGAAUUUAAAAGGUUCCUUCUCAUUGAUUUUGACUAUUGGUUAUGACUUUCUGCCGGACAUCAAGCUUCUAGUAUAUACAAUAUUCUCAGAUGGAGAAGUUGUAGCCGAUGCACAAGGGUUUGAAGUGGCCAAGUGCCUCAGACACAAGGUGACACUGAACUUUUCACAGAAGGAGGAAGUCCCAAGGUCAGAAGUUACUCUGAACCUCAAGGCUGCACCAGGAUCCCUGUGCUCUGUCCAAGCUGUUGACAGGAGCAUACUCCUUUUGGAGAACCAUACCCUUACAGCAACGACUCUGUAUAAAAAGUUUUUUGAUGACAACUUUAUAAUUGGAACACGAGGGUUUCCUUAUCACUUGGAAGACUUUGAGGCAUACCCUUGCCUGAAUCUGCAAUCCGACCCUCAAAAGAAAAAGAUCUCGAUGGCAGCACCCUGGUACCAAAGUGAUGCUGAUGUCUUUAAUCUAUUUAAGCUAUUGCGCAUGAAAAUAUUAACCAACACGAAAAUCAAGAAACCAGUUCACUGUAUGCAACCAGGCUUUACGAAAAAGAUGUAUUAUAGCAGAGGAAAUAUUGUGAAUGUUACUGCUUUUCAUGAUGGCCAUGUGCCUCACCCUGAUAAUACAGAGAAGCCGAAACCACGGACAUAUUUCCCAGAGACCUGGAUUUGGGAUCUAGUCUCAGUUGGUGAGGAAGGGAAAGCAUCACUCCAAGUAAUUGUACCUGACACAAUUACUGAAUGGAACGCCAACACCUUCUGUGUUGCUGAGAGUGGCUUUGGGCUAUCUCCUCUGACCUUUCUAACAGUGUUCAAGCCUUUCUUUGUGGAUCUGACACUGCCAUACUCUGUGGUCCAAGGAGAGACCUUCAGUCUAAAAGCUACUGUCUUCAACUACCUGAAGACUUGUAUACAGGUACACACCACCCUCACGGAGACUUCAGAACUAAAGGUGGUUCCCUGUUCAGACUGCCAGUUCACCAGCUGUCUCUGUGCCAAUGAGGCAAAAACCUUUGUGUGGAAUGUGACAGCUACCAAACUGGGCAAAGUGAAUGUCACUGUGAACAGUGUGGCACAAGAUGCACACAACCAGUGUGAUAAUAGGAUUACUGUGACACCUUUGCGAGGAGAAAUGGACACAGUGAUAAAACUCCUACUUGUCAAGCCAGGAGGUGUCCUUCAAGAGAACACACAGAACGCCUUUCUUUGUGCUACAGAGAACACAGUCUCUCAUGAAUUCUCCCUGACUCUGCCUGAAGAAGUAUUGGAAGGAUCUGGCAGAGCCACUUUGUCUGUGAUUGGGGAUAUCAUGGGCCCAGCACUUCAAAACUUAGAUCAGCUGCUUCAGAUGCCUUUUGGCUGUGGGGAACAGAACAUGGUUAAGUUUGCACCAAACAUCUUUAUACUCCAGUACUUGAAGAAGAUAAAACACUUGGUGCCAGAAAUUGAAGAUAAAGCACUGAAAUUCCUGAAAACAGGUUACCAGCGUCAGCUGCUUUACAAACAUCAUGACGGCUCCUACAGUGCUUUUGGGAAGGCUGACACCCAGGGCAACACAUGGCUGACAGCUUUUGUAGCUAGGUCAUUUGGACAGGCCAGUUCUCACAUUUACAUCAAUAAGCAUCAUGUGGAAGAUGCUCUCCUCUGGCUGCAGAAGCACCAGCUGCCCAGUGGCUGCUUCCAGAGUGUAGGAAAGCUCUUCAACAAUGACUUGAAGGGUGGUGUGGAUGAUUCACUCUCAUUAACAGCCUAUAUCACUGCUGCACUUCUGGAGCUCCAUCUGGAGAAGAAUGACACCAUGCUGGAUAAUGCUUUACGUUGUCUCAAAGAUGUAGCACUUAAUGAGACCAGCCUUUAUGUCAAGGCCUUGAUGGCUUAUGUCUUUACACUGACCAAGAACAUGGAAAUGAGAGAGCAGCUUCUUGAUGAGCUACAGAAGGAAAUCGCAGGGCUGUUGUCAUCACACUCAAGUGGGAGAGAAUCUUCUUCCUCUAUGAUUGAAAUAGUAGCCUACACCCUCCUAGCUCAUGUCUCCAAACCAAAUGUGGCGGUUAAUGAAACCACAAUGAGCAGGCUUGUACACUGGCUCAGCGGACGAAGAAAUGCCUUUGGGGGCUUUGCUUCCACUCAGGACACAGUUGUUAGCCUGCAGGCCCUGGCUCAGUAUGCAGCCCUGAUUCCUCAUGAGAUCAGAGAUGUAAAGGUGAUGGUGAAAGGCAAGGAUGCUUCUCCAGUGGAGUUCCAUGUGCACAGGAACAACAAAUUCGUUCUGCAUCAGGCACCUCUCCUUGCAAUCCCAGGAGUGUACACGGUGCAGGCAACUGGGAGUGGAUGUGUUUAUGUACAGACCACUCUAUACUACAACACCCCACCAUCAAAAGCAAAAGAGGCGUUUGUCCUGGAUGUGGAAACAGUGCCAAAGAGUUGUGAUAAUGGCAAGGAACAACUUGACAUCCACGUGUCUGUCAGUUAUGUUGGCGAUCGUGAAACCAGUAACAUGGCCCUGGUAGAAGUGGAGAUGUUGUCUGGGUUCAUUCCUAUGAAGAGCUCUAUCAAAGCACUGGAAGAGAUAUCCCUGGUGAAAAAGACAGAGAUAAAACCAGACAAAGUCACAAUCUACUUGGAAGAGUUGGAUAAGACUUCUGUGAAGCUCACCAUCUCAGUGGAACAAGAUAUUGAAGUUCAGAACCUGAAACCAGCAACAGUGCAUGUCUAUGACUACUAUAAGCCAGAUGACCACACAGCAAGAGAAUACUUAUCCCCUUGCAGGUCAGAUGUCUAG